CGGCUCAGGCCGCGGCCGGAGUUGGGGACGUAGGCGGCCACCACGUAGAGGGACGGGAACUCGGCCGUCACCACCCGGCCCUCGGCGUCGUGCUCGGGGUCACCUGGGGGGAGAGGGUGGCCACUGAGGGUCUACGGGUGGCUACCAAAGGGUUUUGGGGUCAGUGGUGGCCAUCGAAGGGUCUUGGGGUCAACAAUGGUGGCCACCAAAGGGUCUUGGGGUCAAUGGUGGCCAUCAAAGGGUCUUGGGGUCAAGGGGGCAACCAAGGGUCUACAGGUGGCCACCAAAGGGUCUUGGGGUCAAUGGUGGCCACCAAAGGGUCUUGAGGUCAACGGGGCUACCAAGGGUCUACUGGUGGCCACCAAAGGGUCUUGGGGUCAAUGGUGGCCAUCAAAGGGUCUUGGGGUCAAUGGUGGCCAUCAAAGGGUCUUGGGGUCAAGGGGGCAACCAAGGGCCUACUGGUGGCCAUCAAAGGGUCUUGGGGUCAAGGGGGCAACCAAGGGUCUACAGGUGGCCACCAAAGGGUCUUGGGGUCAAUGGUGGCCACCAAAGGGUCUUGAGGUCAAUGGUGGCCAUGGAAGGGUUGAGGGUCUACGGGUGGCUACCGAAGGGUUUUGGGGUCUACUGGUGGCCACCAAAGGGGCUUGGGGUCAAUGGUGGCCAUCAAAGGGUCUUGGGGUCAAGGGGGCAACCAAGGGUCUACAGGUGGCUACCAAAGGGUCUUGGGGUCAAGGGGGCAACCAGGGGCCUACUGGUGGCUACCAGAUGGUUUUGGGGUCAACGGUGGCCACCAAAGGGUCUUGGGGUCAAGGGGGCAACCAAGGGUCUACAGGUGGCCACCAAAGGGUCUUGGGGUCAGUGGUGACCAUCAAACGGUCUUGGGGUCGAUGGGGCAACCAAGGGUCUACAGGUGGCUACCGAAGGGUUUUGGAGUCAUCUGAGGGGUUUGGGGGUCAAUGGUGGCCAUGGAAGGGUCUUGGGGUCAAUGGGGCUACCAAGGGUCUACAGGUGGCCAUCAAAGGGUUUUGGGAUCAAUGGGGCAACCGGUUUUGGGGUCAUCUUAUCU